AGUCUGAAAGCUUUGAAUGAGGCAAAAAAUGAAAAAUAAUAAUAAGACCACUGCUUUGUGGUGCCAUCAACGGCCAUAUUCGCACUUACCCAAGCUGCUGUCAGAUUUGCUUGUAAAUUCAUAUUCUCUUUAAUUACAUAUUACAUGCACACUGUAUGGUGAUGCAGUGCCUUACUUUACCUCUUCGAUUUCUUAGCUGGUAAAAAAAGCACAAACCGAUGCGACACAUAAUGCCAACAUGAAAAUUGUUACACAUAAAUGUUUAAGUACGUCCCCUUUAACUCGAAGAACUCCCAAUCCUUUCCCCAUCUUUUCUCUAACACGUUCAUUUUAUAAACACAGCUUAGUUCCAGAUAUGACCUAAUCCUUUCUCAGUCUCAGAGGGGGGAAACCAUUCAUUUGAACGAACGAAGCAAUCUGUGUUAUUUUAAGGAUAAAUUGGAUGAUCUUAAGGAGCUAAACAUACACACAAUUAGUCAACUAAACUGAGUACUAUGACAAGCCUGCUUCACGAUGGAUUCUUUUGAGGAUGUGUCUGCUCGGGUACUACUGAGAAACGUACUGUACACAGAGCAAGCCUGUUCACCGGUCACACGCAGUAUGUCUCAACAACCAAGUGUGUCCUCCGGGCCCAGAAGGAGCGGCAGACUGCGAAAGAGCGACGCUGGUCUCCACUCUCCUCAGGUCGCUCUCCGACAAAAACUCAGGCAGAACUUGCACAAGAACAUAUUCACAGGGUCUCCCCUUCAGCAGAGAAAGCGCUCUUUGUCAAUGUCGGGCAUGAUGGGAAAAGUGAAAACGCCUGCAGUGGUGGCGUCCCAUUCCCUGAGUGAAGAUGAGGUCACGCCCCGGCAUCUGCUCAGGGGAAUCCUCCAGACAGAACCAGAGCUGUCCCUGCUGGUUCCUGAUCGACCCGACAGCGAAGACCCGGAGUUGCGUUCGACAGAGUCCAGCCUGUGCAGCAGCAGACCCAGCAUGGGAGUUUCACACAUGUCCAACCUGGACCUCCCUGACCUGCCCACGGUGAACCUGACCAUGGCCGUCAGGGGCAUCAGCAGGAAGAGGCCGAAAAAGAACAUGAACGUGUCCGUGUUCGAGAGGAAGAUAGUCGACCAGAGUGGAGAUGGCUCUGGGGAUGGGGCACAGGACACAACGGGAAACCUGUCUGGCAUGUCGGGCACAUCUGCGAGCAACCUGAGCCUGACCCUCAAGACGCCCUGCGUGGAUCCGCACGUGGACAGACGGGUGCUGAGGAGGAAUGCUGGGAAUGCUGGGAAGCGCAAGGCCAUCAGUGUGGAGGACUUUGAGGCGGGGGUCCAAGAUCUCCUGGCCAAGAAGAGAAACCCAGACAGGGAGCAGAGUCUGAGCGAGACUGCGGGGAUGGAGAAGUUCACCCUGGGCCUUAGCAACGUGACGACCUCCAACAUCUCCGGCAUCGUCAUCAGCAACACGGCCUCCAUCGCGAUGCACGACUGGGACACCAUUGUGUAUUCUCCCUCCCACCGAGGAGGAGGAGGAGGAGGAGGGGUGGGCGAGAGAAUCCUAGACGAAGUAGAGAAGGAGAAGGAGAUGCAAGUGGAGCAACAGAUGGAGGAGGAGGAGGUGGGUGGAGAUGUCCAUGGGGACACGGGAGGUGUGGAAGGGAGAGCUGGAGAAAAGAGUUACGAGGACAAAGACACGGGCGCCUUGCUUGACGAGGUUAAGGAGGAGGUCCCGGAAGGGUCUGGGAGAGAGGGAGCGGACGAGCAGGUGAAGGAAGAAGAAGGGGAAGAGGAGGGUUUUGACAGAGGUGAUAUUGAAGCAAACAUGGAAAACGCAGAAGACCUGCAGGCGGAAGAGGAAUUGGCGAGAGUGGAGGAGGCGGAGACCGUGGAGUCUGAGGAAGAGGAAGAACCUGAGCGGGAGGAAGAGGAGCAGGGUGCAGAGUCAGAGGAAGAGGCAGCCGCUGAGUCUGAGGUGCAAGAAGAUGAGGUGGUGGGAUCUGAAAGCGAGGAGGAAGAGAAAGACACCACAUCUGACAGAGAGGAAGGAGGGGCUCGAGGGAGCACUUGGACACAGGAAGAAGGAGGGGCCACAGAACAUGAGACGCAGGAAGAGGAAGUGGCCUCAGGUCAGGAGCAGGUGUGGGAGGCGGAGCACAUCUCGAGGAGAGCCUGUCGCUCGGAGGGAGGGAUGAAGAUCCCUGGAAUGGAGGCAGGAGGUCGCGGCUACAAGAGCCUCUCCAGUGGCCUACAGCCAAUGGGCACGGAGUUGGAGAGCGGCGAUGGACAGGUACAGUCCGUCAAGUCAUCAGAGGGCGGAGCCUCUAGUGAGUGGCAGAGCGGACCACAGGAGGGGAGCCUGGCAGGGGGGGACUUGCCCCCACAGUCACCUGUCGCCUUGUCGCCUGCGUCAUCACCCAAUGAGAUUCCCCCAUCCGCAGAAUACCUACACCACAGUAGGGGGAGGAGCUUAUUGGAGGAGGAAGAUGAGGAAAAUAUGGGUGGAGCCACAGAAUCUGAGACACAGGAAGGUGGAGGAGCCACGGAAUCUGAAACACAGGAAGAGGAAGUGGCCUCAGGUCAGGAGCAGGUGUGGGAGGCGGAGCACAUCUCGAGGAGAGCCUGUCGCUCGGAGGGAGGGAUGAAGAUCCCUGGCAUGGAGGCAGGAGGUCGCGGCUACAAGAGCCUCUCCAGUGGCCUACAGCCAAUGGGCACGGAGUUGGAGAGCGGCGAUGGACAGGUGCAGUCCAUCAAAUCGUCAGAGGGCAGACCCUCCAGUGAGUGGCAGAGCGGACCACAGGAGAGCCUGACGGGGGGGGACUUGCCCCCGCAGUCACCCUCCGCACUAUCGCCUGCGUCAUCGCCCAAUGAGAUUCCUCCAUCCCCGGAACACCUACACUCAAGUAGGGGGAGGAGCUUAUUGGAGGAGGAAGAAGAUGAGGAAGAAGAAGAGGAGGAGGAGGAGGAGGAAAAUAUGGGUGGAGCCAACUAUGCUGAUGAGGCUGAGGACAAAGAGAGCUCGAUCCCUCUGCUACAGCCGGGGUCCCCUGAACUCCAGCUUACCCCACGCACCCCCCACGCCUCCACAAGGGUGGAGCCCAGUGCUGGGAUGAGGCCUGAGGAAGAGCCGGGGCCAUCUGAAGAUGAUGACGACGAUGAAGGGGAGGAAGAUGAGGAUGACCUUUCACAGAGUGAUGAACUGCCCUUGGAGACGCCCGCCUUCGUUCGGGAGAGGAAGCACGUGCUGACGCCCGGCCCCUCGACCACGCCCAACUUCCUCAAACAGAUGAUGGAUGCCAGGAAGCCCACCCAGGCCGCCGCCCCCGCUGCCAAGCCCAAGCCCCAAAGGAAGGGGCGGGCCGCCCCCUCCCAGAAGGAACCGGGCCUGCCCAAGAGCUACGUCAUGACUGCCUUCAAACACUUCGCCAAGACCACCGUGUCCUCGGAGGCCUACCCUGUACUCAAGGAUAUUAUGGCCAAGUACUUUGACCGUCUGGCCGACGACCUGGAGGCCUAUGCCACGCACGCCAAGAGGAAGACCAUCGAGAUGGAGGACGUAGUGCUGCUCAUGAGAAGGCAGGGCUUCGUGACUGACAGCAUGCCGGUUAACGUCCUGAUCGAGAAGUAUCUCCCCAACGAGUACAGGAAACUGCUGAUCCCCGUGGCAACCAGUGGAAACAAGAUCAUCCCCAAGCAGAAAAGAUGAACAACGGCAGCCCAUCUGCCACCGCCCGGCCCAAAGCUUUGAGCCAAAGCCACCAUCAUAAUCGGUGUCCUUUUACUGUGCCUAUGAAAUUAUGUUUGUAUUUUGUUGUUGUUGUUUUUUGGGCUGAACAAUAUUCUAUUAUGAUGUUAAAGUCGAAAUGGUAAACCGAAGCCUACUGUUAAUUUUGUAAGUCUUCCCUUAUUUAAACAUUAAUAAAUGUAAGAUUUUGCCAAUAAAGAAUGUCCUUUCAUUUCUA